AUGCUUCGAAGAUCAGUUUUGCAUAACAAAUAUGCCUUUUAUGAUCUCGUGUUGGCUACGCCUUCUCGCCCCACACAGCCCAUCGAGUCUGAAGAGCUAAUGGAGAAAAUCAAGAAGUCACAAACCAAAGCAAGGAAAGAUGGAUCUACCACCUUUGAAGGGAACUACAAGCUAGACAAACAAACAGCCGAGGAGAGGAUUAAGCGAAUUUUCGGAGGGAGGAUCAAGGGUGAGCCUCCAAGAUCAUCCAGUAGGGUUAUCCGGGGAGAGCCGAAGGUAAUUGCUGGUGUCAAGGUUCCAGCUCGGCCCAAUGAGCCUGACAACUGUUGCAUGAGUGGCUGUAUUAAUUGUGUGUGGGAGUUGUUCAACGAUGAUUUGAAGGAUUGGAACUCAAAGAGGAAGGAGGCGGCCGUCAACUUGAGGAAAACAGGCGGGAGAUGGCCAGAGGAUUUCGAUGCUCCAGUGAAAUUCUUGAAGUCCUCCAACUUACCGAAGAGUUUAUUGGACGACCCUGAGAAGAUAUCUAAGAGUCGCCAGGAUAAGAGCGGAGGCUGGGGAGAUGUCCCAAUGAGUAUUCGAGUCUUUGCCGAGACAGAGAAGAAAUUGAAGUUGAAGAGGCAGGAGCAACAACAGCAACAGCAACAACAGCAAACCCUGCAGAGCUAA